GCGAAAAAUAUUGCGGAGAAAUGCCGUGUUAUUGAAGAAGCACAGCAUUCCGAGUUGAAAUACGUCCAUGACCUGCACAUGUUCCAACAAGUGUUUUCAGCGCGGAUUCGCAUUUGGCUGGAACAAUCCAACAACAAAGAACUGGUGAACAAACUCAAAAAAUCAGACCAAGACCUUCACGCUCUGCUGACCUGCUAUCACGAAUUGGAAUGUCUGCAUCACGCUGUGGAAAAAGAUUUACAAGAUCGAUUAGCUAUAUGGGGCCCUACCCAACUCAUUUCGGAUAUAUUUUCUAAACUUUAUUCAGCAUUCUCGGUGUACAAAACGUUUAUGCAACACUACAACCAAAGUAUCGUAGCGCUCGACACAUGUAUCGCCGAUGCGGGUCAUCCGACGAUGCAGGCUCUCGAUUUACUUUACUAUCUGCGAAUUCCUAUUGGUCGACUUGCGAUUUAUGCUCAGACCCUCCAACAGCUGAUCCGAUUCAGUGAUCCUUCGCAUCCAGAUUAUGGUCCGUUGGUCCGCGUCACGGACAAGUUUAACCAAAUGGCGACAGAGUGGCGCGCAACGUUGCACGAUUGCCAUUCUCAUUUAUUAGUAUUGGAAGCCGCCCAUCAUAUUCAGUUUUGCCCAAUGACCGUUACCCCAUCGCGACGGCUCGUCUUGCAUGGGACACUGCUAAGAGUAGAUGUGGAGGAUCUCAGUAAUGCCGACGAUUUUCGUACGUAUGUUUUGUACAACGACGGACUUAUAUUUUGCCGCAAAGUGAAAGAGAAGAAAGAAUCCAAGUUACAAUUCAAGGGUACCGUGAAUCUGACCUUUGCCAAAGUACGACUAUUAUCGCCCCAGCUGUGCACGAAAAUGAUGGAAGCACGCCGCACCGCCUUGUCCACAUUCCGUAUAAAGAAAACCGCCAAAAAAGGGUCUGGCGAACCGCCUGCGUCGCCGCAGGAAAUCUUUGGAUUCGAAUUGAUCACCAACGAAGUAUGCAUGGAUGCCAUGAUGUUACCGUUCAACCACAGCUUUUCCAUUGCCAACGGUCCGGCCAAUAUUCAACGACGACACAUUUUACGAUGCAGUUCCUUUGCCGAGCAAUCAGCGUGGAUCGAAGCCAUAAAAAAAGUGCUUCACUCACUCCAUAACCAAAAGUAG